CUCCACAGCCAAGACAGCUUGGUGCUCCGAGCACCACCCUCAACUUUCCUCGCAAGACGAAGAUAUAUCCAAGUUGUUCUGAAAUCAAUUGAUAACUUUACCCGACCGUGGUCUGCCAUUCAUACGGACUCUACCAGAAGAAUUAAUCUCUCAAGGCUUCAAAAGAGCAAAAUGGCGCAGAUAGUAACCUUUCUGUCUACCGCCCUGCAUACCAUGACGGUGGAACCUGUGAUGUUGAUGGACGGAGCAUGUAAGGAGGCCAUGUUGAUCUACACCGAAAAUGUUCAGAUGAACAAAAUCUGCUCCGUCAAGCUGGGCUAUUCCAAGGAGGUGUGUGGAAACCUUUCGGAUUACGACGAGCACAACGUGGCAGUGCAGCGAGAACUGACUGUGUUCACCUUCUAUAAUAGCAUCAUCAUGUCUGUGCUGCCGCUCAUCUACGUGCUCUUCAUGGGCGCCUGGAGCGACAAGUAUGGCCGCAAGAUUCCAAUCAUAAUUACGCUGGUGUGUCGUUUUCUGCACGCUAUGGGUUACUUCCUUGUCAACUGGCAAACCAGCUGGCCUGUGGAGGUGCUGUAUCCGAUAACGUUUCUGGAGGCCAUCGGCGGAGGCAACGCCGGCAUUCUCUCUUCUUCCAUCAGCUACAUCAGUGACAUCACACGCGAGAAGGACCGAACCUCCCGAGUGAGCACCGCUAACUCUCUGUGGUUCCUUGGAGGACCCAUGGGCACCUUGCUGGCCGCAGUUCUCAUUAAGAAUGGUGGCUACAAUCUGCCCCUUGGGAUUGUGGCUCUUACCUACAUCGCUGCUGCCAUCUAUGUUGUGGUGUUCAUCAACGAGAGUCACGGACCGCGGGCCAAGAAGGAACUGCAGGCUCAAGGUUCCCUUCAGCCGCAGGACAGUAUCACCAAGACCAAGAUAUCGUUCUCCACUAUGGUGAAAGACUUCUUCGACUGGCAUCGUGUCCUGGAAUCAUUCAAGACGGCCUUCAAGAGGCGUGACGGUAACGUGCGUGCCGUGCUCCUCACUGUCCUGGUCGCCAAUAUGGUCCGCCGUGUGGCCCGAGGCUUCUUCAUGUACCAGUUCGUGCGACAAGUACUGGACUGGGACGCCUCAGAAUACGGUUACUGGAUAACCUACCGCAACUUGCUGGCAGCUCUCGGUUCACUAUUCCUGGUGCCGCUGCUCACAAGGAGUCUUUCAUUCACGGACACGUCGCUGGUCGUGCUAGGAACGGGUUCGCUUAUCCUGGAGUAUCUGUUCUAUGGUCUCACGGGCGGUGUGUCCAUGGCCUUCCUCAUGUGGCUUGGACCUCCUGGUGGCUUACUGUCAAACGCCUGCGUCAUCGCAUUCAAGUCCAUGGCCACUAAACUAGUCAGCAGCCAAGAGAAAGGCCGCAUCAACGCCGUCAUCGCUGCCCUCAACGGCCUUAUGCCAAUGGUGGGAUACGCCGCCUACUCCCCCAUCUAUUACCACUCAGUCGACACCUUCCCUGCCGCACAGUUCUACUUCGGCGCCAGUCUCAACCUGGUCAUCAUGGUGACGUUCAUUGCUAUGGGAGUUGCACAGGUGUCCAUGUCGUACAACGCCGAGGACUUGGAGAAGGGCAAGGAAGGAUUCGGCCCCAAAAUCCUGCAUGGCCUGAAGAGGCGGUCGUCUGUCACUUUACAGGCCAUCGCUCGCACCUUCAGUGUUCCGGGCGGCAAAAACAUAGUCAGGAUUCCCUCGCAGCCACAGCCCGCCACCCUGAAGGAGGUGGUAGAGGAGAAGGAAGUGUCAACUACACCAGGAAACCAAAAGUGUUUCACCAAUCCGCUGAGCGACGCUGAGUUGAUGGCAUCUGAGGUGGACGUGAAGGGGACGAGCGAAGGGCACCCGGCCAGCCCCUCAGUGGUGUGUGUCUUGCCUCCAUCAAAGGCAGACUCUACUGGUCCAUCAUCGAUGUGUUAAAUCGCAACACAAGGCAGCGCGUAAUCGUAUCAUGCGCACGUCGUCUGUGAUCUCAGGGAUAAAAGACUUGAAAAGCUACAUAAGACGCACAUAAUGCUUAUCACAUAACAAAACAUAGCAACUCUCUCAAUCAUUUCUCGCAACAUGUUCAUUUGCUACGCGUGUGUACAUAUAAUGGCACCCAUUAGCUACAAUGUACUUAUGUACAGUAUUUAUGAGUGAAUGUAACAAUAUUUAUAUGAGUGGAUGUAUAAUUAUCUAAUAUAAUCAAUCAAAUGAAGCCC